AUGGCGGUAGUCCUCAAUUCGGAAGAAAAUACCUACUUUUCGUCGAGUCCUCUUCGUCGAUCACAUUCACAGCCCAAAUUCGUCACACAACCGUCGUCAUAUUCAAAAACUCUAUCUCGAUCAAAUAGCGCAAAAUUCAACCCGAUAAUAUCUCCUACUAAUUCCUCAUCGUCUUCGGCACCAUCUUCUCCACGAACCCUGCAUGCCGAUUCCGUCUCUCCCUCAUACUCAUCAACGCCAGCCAGCAGUUUGUCGCUUGAUCAUUGCGACGACGAGGAUGAUGAAGAUCAGAUCUCCUUCCCCACCUAUGACGAUGUAGGACACUGCGAUCAGAUUGAAGAUCUAGAACCACCCGCCAGCCCACAUACCGGCGAUUCCUAUAGCGUUUCACCAACCUCAAAUAGCACUUCUACCAUCUCUCGAUCCGGGUCUCCCGACGUACCGCACGCACAUGCCGAGGAUGAUACAGCAUUACAAGCGAAACCCUCGAGGCACGUAGAUUACUUAUCACACAAUUGGAAAGAAGAGGAUAUAUGGGCAUCGUGGAAGCUUAUUGUGUCAAAGACGGGCGAAUAUCCUAACCAUGAACGAUUAGAAAAUGCUUCGUGGAGAACUUGGAUGAAGGCAAAGUAUAGGUUGAAGACAGUUUCACCAGAAACACUCAAUUGGUUGAAGGAUUGUGAUGUAACAUGGCUAUAUGGUCCACUUCAAUACGGACCGACCAUGUUUAAUGCUCCGGAUACCUCCCCUGUCAGCAGCAGCAGCAGGUUAUCAAAAUCAAAUUCGUUUCUACAAAAGAAGACAAUCCUCAAGAAACGAAGCAUGUCCGAAAUAAUGCUGCAGAGAUCGUUAUCAUCAUCAUCAUUACUCAAGCAGGCGGCCGCUGCAGUCCAGGCACAGCAAUCUGGAGAUUUACAGCGCCCUGGUAUCACUAGAGCUGCAUCCGAUUACGUUCCGUAUGAAUUUGCGAGUAGGCAUGUAGAACAAGCUGACAUGAGUCUGCUUUCAUCGGUUACAUCAUCCGGACUAAUAACCCCGGGCACUGAAAGGAAACACAUCAGUUUUAAUGAACAGGUAUCGCAAUGUAUAGCUUUAGAUAUCAAGGGCGACGACGACGAUGAGCCGGACUACAACACUCAAGACUUUGACGAUAGUGACUCGGACGAUGGAGCCAUCAUGAUGAAGAGAAGCACUUCUAAAAGACAGCUUCCACCAAUGAGAAAGAAGACAAUCCCUAGAAUUAACUCAAUUGCUGAUAGCAAGACCAUCGCAAUGUUACCAUCUACAACACUUAAAUACCGGGAAGAUACACCGGAGCAACAGGAAACAGCCAUGAAGCAUAGCGGGUUUUUUGGUGGAACAAAAUUAUCGCCAUCACCGUCCCAGGAAACUUUGAAGCCUUCAAAACCAUCAUCGAGAAUGCUUUUAGGUGACGACGAGGAAGAUGAAGAUAUCGAUUGGCAACCAUCGAGUUCCCUCGCCCAUAGAAAGAACAGCAUAUCAGUCACGAAAGAUCGAUUUCCAAGUCUUAGUACCUCGGACUCUGUUGGUUCGAAUGGGGAGCCCUCUGGCAUGAGGAGAACACCAUCUGGCAUGUUUAUGCCUUACGAGGAAGACGAAGAUGAUGUUGUAUCUGAAGGACUCUUUGGAAAAGUUGUCGACACUGUAAAUACAGCAAAGGACAUCGCACAUGUCAUCUGGAACGUCGGGUGGAGGAGAUAA